ACAGACUUAAAUAUGAAAUGACGCUAAUACCCCUUGUACUAUCUAUAAAUAGCAAAGCGAUUAAUUAUGCUCUCAUUACAAAUCUGAUAGAGUUUGUAGGCUGUAGCUAGCACGAGUACUAUUCGGUGAUCAUCAAGUAAUUAAGAAAAGAAAAAUGUCGACCGAUAUCUAUGUGACUGCUGCAUUCAAAUCAAUUCACCCAAAUCAAGCUUAUAUAUUCAUGAAGAAUGAAUACGUCCUCGAUGAUUAUGCACCCGAUUCGAAAGAUGACAAGAUAUUGUACGGACCAGCUCGCCUAGGCGAUGUAUUUUCAUCGCUUAAGGACACUGUGUUUGCAAAUCAAGGAAUAGACUGCGCAUUCGCAUCUCAAGAUCAAGGGGAUGCAUACAUAUUCUCCGGCAACAUUUGCGCAAAAUGGUUCUACGCUCCAGACUCUCCGAACGACAAGAUCAUAACGGGGCCUAAGCCAAUCGCAGAUAUGUUCCCUUUCUUACGGGGGACCGUCUUUGAAAAUGGUGUCGAUGCUGCAUUCGAGUCAUCGCGCCCUUUCGAAGCUUACCUCUUUAAGGGGGAUCAGUAUGCUCGUAUCAACUAUAGUGCUAAUGGUCACCUGAUUACAAUCACUUCUAUACGUCAAAAUUGGCCUUGUUUGAGAGGUACCAUGUUUGAAAAUGGCUUUGAUGCUGCUUUUGCGUUACAUGUACCAAAUGAAGCAUAUUUAUUCAAAGGUGAUUCGUAUGGACGCCUUAAGUUUACUCCAGGCGCAACAAAUGAUGAGCUAAGGUGGUCUGGGAAAAUUAAGGACUCUUGGAGGGGUUUAGCUAGCAUCCUGCCUCGCAAGAAUCUCAACCGCAAAUUAGUUGCCAAUUAACUAAAUAUUGCGUAAGUUGUGUCAUAUAUGAUUUGCAUGUAUGACCUACACGAUCUAAGUAUUAUGUAAUGUGUGGAAUAAAACAAGAGGGGUUAUAUUAAGCUCUUCGAUCAUGAGCUAUAAUUAAACGAGAGGGGCUACACCGGCCUCAUCCUCUUCUAAUGCUGCUUAAAGCCAGUCAUUGUGUAAUAGUAUAUGUAUGCGUAACAAACUUUAUUUUAAUAUCUAUACUUUUCUAUAAUAUUAUUAUAUUAAACAA